GGUUCAGCGUAACACUCUCCUCUGUACGUGUUGAGGUUACUUUCGCUUGUGUUCUCGCGAUGUUAUCAAAAUAAACACGGUUACAACUGUGAUUAUUAAUUAUGUAGUGCUUAAUUGUAAAAAUAUUAGUGAAAGACAAAGAAAAUUAUAAAAGAAUUAAAUAUCAAAGCAAUUUGAAAAAAGCGGCUUUUUAAAAAUUAUAUACAAUGUAUGUACGAUACCCAAUCUGGUAAGAGAUAAUAGUUGUGUAUAGGUCACUCUAUCCCAUUUAUGUCCCGCUUAUGUUCUCUAGCCGCACACAGUAUAGAUUAUUUAUUACUAACAAGAAUUCACGUUCACCAUCACAAUGGCAAACAAGUACGGCAACAUUGUGCAUCAUGAUUGGCAAGAGAUGACCAGUGAGGAUAAAAAAUAUGCAGCGGAAAAUUUGAACGAAACUGACGAAAUUAGAGAAAACGCCGUCGCGGAGAUUAGACACUGGAUCAAAGAAAACGAUGAUUUCCCCGCACAAAUCGAUGAUUUUCUUAUUCUGCGAUUUUUAAGAGUAUGCAAAUUUGAUCUUGAGAAAACUAAGGCCAGGAUUCGAAACCAUUAUAAACAGCAAUCCGAUUUACCGGAAUGGUUUAUAAUCAAAGAUCCCUUUCAACCAGAAGUGCAAGAUAUACUUAAUUUGGGGAUAAUUUUGCCUCUGCGGAAACGGGAUAGUCAAGGAAGAUGUAUUUUUCUCAUGCGCGUUACUGUGCAUGAUCCAGAAAGACAUAAGAUACAAGAUUUAAUGAAGACCUGUAAUUUGGUGAUAGGAACGACAGUAAAACAAUAUCCCAUAAUAUCUAUAUAUGGCUGUGUACUUUUAAUCGACGUUUCCAAUCCAACUAUACGUCACGUUAUUCAAAGCAAACCAUACGAUUUAAUGAAUAUGAUCCACUCGGCUCAGAAUUGCUAUCCUAUGAGAUAUCAGAAAAUUAUUCUCUUUAACGUGCCGACGUUGUUCAAUAUUAUUGUGAAAAUUAUGAGAUCGUUUAUGACUCAAAAGAUGAAGAGCAGAUUUCACGUAUAUUCAGACGCGCUUGACUGUUUCAAAGAUAUCCCAGCUGAUAUCUUGCCUGUCGAAUAUGGUGGUACUGAUGGUACACUUCAAGAAUUAAUAGAAUAUUGGAAAAAAAAUGUCGAGAAAAAUUUUGAUUGGCUUACGAAAGACGAGAUCGACCGAACAACUCAAACAGCUAAACCUGCAGAGCCAAAUUUUGAAAAUAUUACUCAUCUAUAAAUUUUUAGAAUAAAUAAAUUAACACGGUUUAAACAAUUAUUUACUAAAAAGUAAGAAUUAUUCGGAUUCUAAAGUGUGUAUAUACUAUACUACGUAUAGAUUCGUAUAAUAAUUCAAUUUAAUAUGUAUAAUAUAAACAUUUACUUUUGUAAAAUAUCAGAACAUAGGCGCUAUUUAACUUUUUACUUUUUGAAAAUAGUGAUAUUUGCAAUAAUAAUUAUAUAAAUACCAAGAUAUACUUUUUCUACUAGACUAUAUUGCAAAGACUGGCGUUCCUAUAUAGGAUAACGUCAAUUAUCAACAAGGCUAUAAAUAAAACAUUAUCUAUUGCACAACA